AGCGGACAAUCAAGAGUGAAGCACCCUGCCGGUCGGGAAGGAGCUGACGCGAGCUGGUCCCUGGCAGCCAUCAGCCACCGCGCUUUGAGGUUCGGUUUCGACACCAAACUAAGGAAUUGCAUUCUCUCCAGUCGCAGACCCUGUAAGAUUUGGAUAUGUCCUUUAUAUUUGACUGGAUUUACAGCGGUUUCAGCAGUGUGCUACAGUUUUUAGGAUUAUAUAAGAAAACUGGUAAAUUGGUAUUUCUCGGACUGGAUAAUGCGGGAAAAACAACCUUGCUGCACAUGCUAAAAGAUGACAGACUCGGCCAGCACGUCCCGACACUACAUCCCACUUCAGAAGAAUUAACCAUUGCUGGCAUGACCUUUACAACUUUUGAUUUGGGAGGACAUGUUCAAGCUCGAAGAGUGUGGAAAAACUACCUUCCUGCUAUCAAUGGCAUUGUAUUUCUGGUGGAUUGUGCAGACCAUGAAAGGCUGUUAGAAUCAAAAGAAGAACUUGAUUCACUAAUGACAGAUGAGACCAUUGCUAAUGUGCCUAUACUGAUCUUUGGGAAUAAGAUCGACAGACCUGAAGCCAUCAGUGAAGAGCGGUUACGAGAGAUGUUUGGUUUAUACGGUCAGACGACAGGAAAGGGCAACGUGCCUCUGAAAGAACUGAACGCCCGGCCCCUAGAAGUCUUCAUGUGCAGUGUGCUCAAACGGCAAGGCUACGGAGAAGGCUUCCGCUGGAUGGCCCAGUACAUCGAUUAACGGCCCCCGCCGCAGCCCCGGUCCAGCCUCGCCGCCACACAGGCCUGCUCCGAGAUUUGAUUGCUGACCAUGCAUAACUUGAAUUCAAUAGACUUUCAUUGGUUAGAAAACAGAUAUUUUUUAGAUUAUUAAUAUUAUAUCAACUUAAUUUGAAUGAGAAUUGAAAUCCAAUUCAAAUAAGUUUGACUAUCACAAUGUUAGCUUUCUAAUUCCACGAAGAUACUUAGUUUUUACUCUUUGUAAUCUGACAUGCCCCCCAGCACCAUUUAUAAAGAGCAGCUUCCCAGCAGGACAUUUGAAGCAGUUUUUAACAAUAUGAAACUACAAAUAUAAACCACAAUUAAAAGCUCAUCAUGUUAAAUUUUUAUGUACUUUUUGGAACUAGUUUUUCAAUUUUAGAUUAUGUACACUCACCUACCUGGAGUGUACAGUUAAUAAUUAGCUUAUUGAUGAUUGCAUGAUGCCUUACAGGUUUUGGUAUUUUUUCUUAUGCAAACGUCAUGCAAUAAAACAGACCCUCAUGUUUGGCAUCACUGCUGGACAGGUGUUCCGUUUUAGUGUCUUACCUAGCCAGCGUGCUCUGAAACUUGGAGUAUUUACAUUAUACAUGUGAGGUAGUUGUCGAGAAAGAGGUCUGCUUCAGGAUGCUUAGAGCAGUGUUCCAGCCCUGGAGACGUCCGCACUUGCCAGGAGAUGGGCUGUGCUUGGUUGUCCCUCACACCACAUUUCUCUCUGAUCCGGUACAUUUUUGCAGCAACACUACCGUCCCCAGCACCACGGGGGUCCGUGGCCCAGCCCCCAUGGGACUGCUUCUGGAGGAAAACACGGCGCCCGCUGCAGCAGAGGCCCCUGUCGCUGUGUUCCUGUUGUCUCUUUCUGAAGUGUGCUGGUCCUCUGUGCCUCGUCACCAAACGUGGUGACAGGCACCAGUCUCCCCACGUUCAUAGUUCAUGGCACUUCCCAGGGCAAGUGACUGUGGGUCCUCGUGCAGCCUGUGGACGCGAGGGGAAGCAAAGCCUGUCCUGCUGCAGCAGUCCUGCAGGUUGCAGGGGUUUGCUCCUGCCCUAAACCUCGUUUGCAUCCUUCGCCAUAUUUUACUUGUUGGAAAGAAAAAGAAUGCUUGUGUUUCAUUGUCCUUUUCCUCAGUCGCUCUCAGCCAGCUGCUCACAGUGUGGCACAAAGGCUUUUAUUUUUAGAGGUGACGCUGGUCAUGUGAUCGUGUUCGCGAGCCUCGCUGACAGCCUCACCAACAAAAGUGUGGCCAGCUUUUUAAUGCAUUCUAAUUUCCUAAGACACUGAGUCCUUUUUCCAUUUAAGAUCCCCCUAAUUAGUAAAAUCAGAUGAAAGAUAAGUGCCAAGUAUGUAUCUUUAAAGACUCUUAAGCUUAAGAUUUCUCUGUUGGUUACAGGCCAAGAUUUUACAGUGUAUUUAACCAAUUGCAUUGAGGAUAUAUUGUUCCAAUGCCAUCAAGGAUAAUUUAAAUAUUAAAAUUAGUGUUUUCUGUA